UAGGGUUUGCUGCUAUUGUUUUUUUUUUCUUUUUAAAUAAUGGAAGGACCAAAUGCAUUCAAGACACCUAGCAAAUUAUCUGACAAGAAGAAAUCUUCAUCAUGCUUGACUCCAUCAUCUGUAACUAUUCCAGCUUCUCCAUUUAUGCAAAAGCUUGGCUAUGGCACUGGGGUAAAUGUUUACCUUAUGAAAAGGUCUCCCAAAGGUUUAUCUCAUUCUCCUUGGGCAGUGAAAAAGAUUAAUUCUAAAUGUAAUGAUCAUUUUCAAAGUAUAUAUCAAAAGAGACUAACUGAUGAAGCUAAGAUUUUGAAAAACCUUCAGCAUCCAAACAUUGUAGGUUAUCGUGCAUAUGCUCAAGCCCAAGAUGGCAGUAUGUGUCUUGCUAUGGAAUAUGGAGGAGAAAAAUCUCUCAAUGACUUAAUAGAAGAAAGAAAUUCCAACUGCCCUUCUCCUUUCCCAGCUGCUACAAUUUUGAAAGUUGCUUUGCACAUGGCAAGGGGGUUAAAGUAUCUUCACCAGGAAAAGAAGCUACUCCAUGGAGAUAUAAAGUCUUCAAAUGUUGUAAUUAAAGGUGACUUUGAGGCAAUUAAAAUCUGUGAUGUAGGAGUCUCACUGCCAUUGGAUGAAAAUAUGACUGUGAGUGAUCCUGAGGCACAUUACAUUGGCACAGAACCCUGGAAACCAAAGGAAGCUCUGGAAGAGGGUGGUAUUAUUACUGAUAAAGCUGACAUAUUUGCUUUUGGGCUAACUCUUUGGGAGAUGUUGACCCUAACCAUUCCACACAUUAAUCUUCCAGAGGAUGAUGAUGAAGACAAAACAUUUGACGAGAGCUUGUUUGAUGAUGAAGCAUACUAUGAAGCAUUGGGAACGAGGCCAGCCAUUAAUAUGGAAGAAUUGGAUGAUUCAUAUCAAAAAGUGAUUGAACUGUUUUCUGUUUGCACUAAUGAGAAUCCUAAAGAUCGUCCCUCGGCUGCACAUAUUGUUGAAGCUUUGGAAAUGAAUAUGCAGUGAUUAUGUAGGAUUCACUUUUUUUGAAACACUGUGACUGACAGAUGCAUCAUUAUGUUAUUAACUAUCAUACAUUUGUUAGCAGGCUGAAAGCUAUUAUACCAACAUUUCCUUAUUAAGAUUUCCUAAAAUAAUCUAAUAAGAGCUGAAAAGCUUUCUUAGAAAUUGAAUUAGAGUCUCUAACACUAGGAUGCUCAUCUACUUAUGAUGCUUAUCUUUUAGAAGUGUUGAAGUCAGUGAGUUUUCAAUAUACUUCAUAUGGUCAUCUAUCUACUCAAGUGCUCAUGAGAAAUUGCUUUACAGAUUUAAAACACUGCCAAUAAAGUGCAGUUAGGCUUAUUUUUUAAAAUUGUUUUGGGUAAAAUGGCAGUUUUCAGUACCUAUAAUAAAACUGUUAUUUUCUUUUAAAGCUCCCAUUUUCAAGGGGUUGAUAGAAUUUUUAGAGUAUAAAAUAUCUCGGUUCAGGAAGGUUUUUAUAGUUGAAAAUUUUCAAUCUUUUGUUUAUAUUUGCCUGAUGUGGUGAUUAAAUAUAAGCAAUGAAAUCUGAGAGAAUUAAAUUACAUUAAAAAACAAAACAAAACAGUAUCCUGGCUGCUUCUCCCAGGAUUGGUUUUCAAGAGUGGGCGUUUCUUGUUUAAAUGAACUGCUACAGCUCUCCUUAAACUCUCAGGAUCUCUACCUGAGAGUUUCUAUUUGUAAGUCAGAGAUUGAUGUUUUGGUUAUAAUUUAUUAAAUUAUGUCACCUUAA